UAUCAUUAAUAUAAUGCUUUAAGACUCGAUCACUUAGGAUCGGAUCGUCAUUCGUCAGACUUCACAAUUCACAUCACUAAUUUCGUGUACAUAGAAAAGAGGGUUGUUGCGUCACCGAUUUUGACAAAAUGGCCGAGAAAAUUAUUCCUGUAGUUCGUGCUGAAGAUGAAGAGGCAGAGGAAGAAGAAUUAGUUGACCCGCAGACACAGUUACGGGAACAAUGCCAUGAAAAGCCCGAGAUGCAAGCAAUGUGGGCAAAAUACCAAGAAUGUAACAACAGAGUGAACUCUCGUUCAAACACUGCUGAAACAUGUGAAGAGGAACUUGUUGACUAUGUUCAUGUUCUUGACAAAUGUGUCAACAAAGAUCUUUUUAAAAGGUUAAAGUAAGUCUCGUUCAAAUGGCUCUGUUACCCAAAUUAUGUUCCAACUUUGGGUUGUAGAUUUAUUAGUAAUUUAUUCAAUAAUUAAUGAUCAGUGUUGCGAGACUUUGUUUUAUGUAAAUAAAUAAAUUUUAAUUUA